AUGCGAGAAAUAUUUACCAUACUAAUUUUACUGAAGACAAUAGGGAUAUCCACUGCCCUUCCCCCUCCACCUGAUGACGUCACUGAGCAUCACGUCCAAGCCGACAGUGAAGAGGUGCUUGUCUGUAGCCUGUCUUCAAACACCUGCUCGCUGAAUGACCGAGGCAACCUACAGAUAGAGUUCUCUGCCCUUGGUAAGGUCUUCAACCUUCACCUUGUCCCAAGCCAGCCUCUUUCUUCCGCCUACGGUGAUUAUGGGAUACCAGUCAUGAUCUGGGGAAAAGAGAGGAAGAAGGUCAAGAUGCUGAAAUUUCAAGAGCACAACAUUCACUUCUACCAUGAUCAAAACACCCUCGGCGCUUUUGCAGUUCAGUUCCACGUGUCUGCUAAUGGAACCCAACUCAUAUCUCUGGACGGCAUCGUGCCUGGUACUGACUACGACGUGGUUGUCAGUCCUGUACGGACUCCAGGUUCCAGAUGGGCGCAGGAUGGCGGCGUCACAUCUCGGCACAGAAUCUUGAAGAGAAUCGCUGACAAGACUUCACAUACUAUACCACCCUCCCACCAUGGCCCCCGGGACACGCACACAACCACUGCCUCACCCACGGGCUCGGUGUCAGGCACAGUGGAGGUUCUCGUGUGGACAGACUACUCCAUGUACCAAUCGUUCCUCAAACAAGUCGGUAGUUAUGGCAACAUAGACAUGGAGAUCACGUGGUACGUCGCUGUGCUCCUGAACGCAGCAGACAGGAUAUACAAGGAUGGUAUACGAGACCCUACUCUCAACAUCUCCCUUACCCUGGCUGGAACUGUUGUGUGCACUACUCCGGAGUGUUCCCGCUUCACCGAGAAUCACCGCAUCAACGACACCGUCAACAACCACAUCGCGCUUGACGACUUCGCCGUCCAACUCAGUGAAGCCUACAAGGAGGCCAGAAUUCACUUCCGGUUUGAUCAGGCCACUGCUUUGACCAGACUGGACCUUGUCGACCCAAACGGAACGCCGAUAGGUGUAUCCUUCACGGACAAAAUAUGCUCGCUCUACGAUGGCAAGUCCUCCUCGCUGGUAGAAGACCAAGGGGCUUUCAGUUGUGUUGGAACAGUGGCUCACGAACUGGCGCACGUGCUUGGUAGUGACCAUGACGGGAUGUACCGUGGCAGGGCGUGUUCCGCCGCGGAUGGAUACAUCAUGUCGCCUUUGUCACCACUUGUCAAAAACGGAUUCGUUUUCUCACAGUGUUCGAUUGAUUCCAUGAAGAAAAACCUGUUAAAACAAUCAGCCUACUGCGUUUACAACAAGGCGCCGGUGAAUCACCUGUAUGAAUCUGUGUCGGCCACGAUGCCAGGCCAGGUGUACAACGUGUCGCAGCAGUGUGAAGCAAUAUAUGGGACUGAUUUCUGUCUGAGUACGGGCACAACACUGGGGGACAUAUGCCACAAGAUGUGGUGCUGGGACCCUUUACUGAGCAACGUGUGCUCUACCAAGUCAGCGGCGGCUCUUGGAACAUCAUGUGGCCCGAACAAGUGGUGUGUUGAAGGAGUGUGUCUCUAUGACCGGAGGGCGCCCCUUUGAUGAUAUCUCACAUGCAACCUAGGGUGAAUAUCAAAUAUCACAAGUAUGAAUUUUCGAUCGUGGUUUGGAAAUGUAAGUUUCUAAUAAACGUUUUAUAAAUUUGCUUUGAUAA